UAGGUUUAUCUGAUAACCAGAAGGAGCUGAGAAGGUCAGAGAAGCUAAGUAAUGGCGUUUGCAUUGGUAAACCUGGACUUGAUCUUGGUCCCAGCAGGGCUCUUGAUAAUGUUCACUUACCAUCUCUACCUUCUCUAUAGAAUCCUAAAAUUUCCGGCAUCAACAGUAAUUGGUUAUGAGAACCUCAAUAGGAUGGCAUGGGCUCAGAAUAUGAUGCAGGGAGGGAGUCACACAAGCUUAGCACUAAAUGUGAUAUCAAUCAAUGUCUGGAGUGUAAUCUACUUAGCUAUUAUUACCCUUUCACUAAGUUCUCUUAUAGGAGCAAUAUUAGGAAGCUCAACAGGUUAUCUCGCCAAUAACAUUUUAAUACUUGGAGACACAAGCUCUACCACAAUUUUUCUGAAAUACAUAAGCAUACUCUUAUCUUUCAUGCUUGCCUUUGCCGCGUUUGUUCAGUCGGCGAGGUACUUCGUUCAGUCUGAUUUCUUCAUCAGUACGCCGAUUACAAAUAUUCCGGUGACGACGGUGCAGUCGACGUUGAUUAAGGCAAAUAAUUUCUGGCAUCUUGGGUUGAGGCUUCUCUAUUUUGCCAUGGCUUUCUUGUUUUGGGGUUUUGGACCAAUACCGAUGUUUGCUUCGUGUGUGAUUAUGGUGAUGAUUUUGUUUUUCUUGGAUUCCAAUUCUACGCCUUUGCAUCACUAUAAGCCGGUGGCCAUGGAUUCAGAGAUCAAGAAGAAGGUGGAGAAGUUGUUUGAAUAG